AUGUUCUCGAAGCUCGGAUUGACGGUGUUCGCGGCGACGGUGGUGUUCGUGCGUGUGGUGUCGGCGCAGCAGCCCGUGUGGGCCCAGUGCGGCGGUAUUGGAUGGACGGGAUUGACUACCUGCGCUUCUGGAGCAUCCUGCGUUGUGCAAAACGCCUACUACAGCCAGUGUAUCCCGGGGGCCGCGCCCGCGCCGACCACGACGAGCGCGACCACGGCGCCGACGACCGCCCCGCCCGGAAUUGAGAAGGCGAACUUCUGGUUUAGCUUCGGCGAUUCGUACACGCAAACCGACUUCGACCCGGCGAGCACCCCGCCGCAGCCGGGAAACCCGCUCGGAAACCCGCCGUACCCUGGCUUCACCGCGGUCGGAGGCACGAACUGGAUCGACGUCGACACCGUGGUGCACAACAAGUCGCUCAUCCUGACGUGGAACUACGCGUACGGCGGCGCGACGAUCAACGCGUCGCUCGUGCAGCCAUACGAGCCGACGGUGCUGUCGCUCAUCGACCAGGUGAACCAGUUCCUCGGCGGGGCCGCGAAGAAGCCUGCGAACGCGCCGUGGACGAGCGCGAACUCGCUGUUCUCGGUGUGGAUUGGGAUCAACGAUAUCGGCAACAGCUACUACCUGAGUGGCGACCGUGACGCGUUCUCGGACAGCCUCCUCGAUUCGUACUUCGGUCAGGUUGAGGAGCUCUACAACGUCGGCGCGAGGAACUUCCUUUUCAUCAACGUCCCUCCCGUCGACAGGUCGCCGCUGAUGUUAGCACAAGCCGCCUCCGCGCAAGCGCUUGAGAAGCAAGUGAUCGCGGGCUAUAACUCGAAGCUCUCCGCGCGCGUCGCUGCGUUCAAAGCUUCCCACACUGGCGUCAGUACCUGGGAGUGGGAUUCCAACACGGCCUUCGGGACUGUGUUGGACAACCCGACUAAGUACGGAUUCGUGGACGCUACAUCGUUCGGUGGUACAGGCGACUUCUGGGGAAACAACUACCAUUCGUCGAGUGCGGCCCAGGACAUCUGGGGACAGGACGUCGCCAAUGUCCUCGCAGACACGAUUUGGUGA